UUGGAGAUCACCACCUUCCCCACCUCCAACUUCGGACACCAGGACUCAAUCACCAUGAAGGUCUUCAUCCUCGCCUGCCUAGUGGCUGUUGCCAUGGCAUUGCCUAAACAACACAGCAGCAGCUCUUCCAGUGAGGAAUCUGACAGACUGCUGGUUAAGGACAUUCCUACUGCCUUCUCCAGCGAGGAACACUCUGUGGACCCGAAGGAACUCUACGAGCCCCGUCAGAGCUAUUCCUACCCAUGGCAAUCAGUCCGUCCCAUCAACACCUACACUUAUCCUCGCGCUUACCAAAUUCCGGCUGUCCUCCCCAUGACUCAUCCUCAGACCCUGACUUAUCUCCAGCCUCAAUUCAAGCCCGAAGACAUGUCUAUUUCUCAGAAACAAAUCCCGCCCUACGUCCAGGCUGUAGUCAUGCCCUACCCCCAGGUUGAAGCCAUUCCUUUCCCCGGGGCUGAAUUCAUGCCCUACGCUCAACCCAUCACCACGCCUCUACUUCAGCCUGAGGUCUUCUCCGCCCCAUUCUACAGAGAGGCCGUCUUCAAGCCAGUGAUCUACGGCCUUCCUCAAUCUCAACCAGUUCAGAAGAUCCCAGAAACCGACUGAAGUAAUGCAGUCCUAGGGUUCUGAUAUGCCUGGAGAUUCCAACCUCUUUAAAUGAUCUCUCUUCUCUCUUUGCUAAAUAUGCUCUUUUAGAAAAAAACAAUUCUGAAUAGGAGGAAAACCUUGUUCUUUGUAUUCUCUGCUAUAUACUGAUUUCAAAACAGUUUACAGUAUCCAAAUCUCAGGUUUGGCAUGUCAACAGCAAGAUGUUUUAGAGUGGCAACGUUGUCAUCAGGAAUUUUUCCAUGUCUCUACGAGAGGUUCCUUGGAUUAUUUAAUUUAUUAGCGUCGCCACUUCUAAAAGGGGUGAACAUGAACUGUUUUUUUCCUUUCUUGCCAAUAAAAUGACUCUUCAUUCA